AUGCCGGCCGACCGGGAGCACGAGAUCCAGCCAUUAUUGGAUCAGGAAAGUGCCUUGACUGUGUACGAUAUUAUACACCAGAUAAGACAGGACGUGAUUACGUACAUUGACACUCCCCUCACUUACGCCGAUCUUACUGGGCCCGAACUCACCUACGCCUUCGUAAAACCGCUACAAGAGAAAUAUGCAAAACUCGAGAACAAGGCUAUCAUCUUUUGCUUUCUGGUAAACCGUGUCCAUUUCAUUCGCGACCCAAACUUCACGACAGCGACCCUCAACCGCUCAAGAGGUCUGCUAUGUGAACUCUUAGCGAUGCGAGUCAUUCGCCAGUGGAGUAAUCUCAUUGAAUUAGCCCACGUCUUGAUCACCAGUUGGCCGGUCUUCGAGGGGUGCUCAGACGAGAUCUUGAGCAAAGGACGGGAGCUACAGGAUAAUUUCGACCCGCGGGAAAAGGUUGGAAAUGCGAUGGAGAUGGCCAUUCUCUCCGAUGCCAAGCUCUUUGUCAAGUCGGCCCCAUGCCAAAAAGUCAUUGACGCCAUUUGGAGCGGAAAAAUUGUCUAUACAGCUCAAAGCUCAUAUUCUCUCAUACGAGAUCACUACAAGCAAGCUCCAAUUCACUAUUAUGAUCCGCACCACGCGCCUAUGUUAGAUCAUUACAGACUUAAAGUCCCAGCUAUUCGUUCGAUCCUUGAAUAUGGGAAUUUCCUAAUACUCUUCGUACUCUUCGUUGUCACGCUGGAAUAUUAUGACCCGGAGAGAAUCAACCUGGCGGAGAGCAUAUUCAUGGUCUACGCUUCUGGCUUUUGCUUGGAAAAGUUGGCUGCUAUGCAAGAACAUGGGCUCAGGGUAUACAUACAUGGAACAUGGAAUGGAUUUGAUGUUGCAUUCAUCUUCAUUUUUCUUCCUUAUAUUAUCCUUCGGCUCUUCGGAGUCACAGAGAACGAACGUUGGGCAAGACUUGCCGGAAUGGACUGUCUAGCAUUGGCCGCGUGCCUUCUGUUCCCUCGCCUUGCGUUUGUCACAUUAUCUAACAACCUGAUGGUACUCGCUUUCCGCGCAAUGUUCUGGGAAUUCGCGAUUCUUAUGGCUAUUGCGGUAUUCUGCUUCGCUGGGUUUUUAUAUUCCCUCUGGACGUUGUCGCGAGGUACAUUCGACUAUUCAAGUAGUGAGAUAACAUGGUGGCUGCUUGAUCUUUACUUUGGCUUGGAUGCUACGGGGUUUUCCCGUGCAUCGACGUUCCACCCGAUCUUUGGUCCAGCGUUGAUGGUUACCUUUGCUUGCUUGAGCAAUACACUCCUGCUCACUGUGUUGGUUUCUAUUCUCUCUCACACCUUUUCAACAAUCAGCUCCGACGCCGAAGCAGAGGCAAAAUUCCGUCGAGCCGUAGCAACAAUCGAGGGUGUUAAAGCUGAUGCAUUAUUUUCUUACCUGCCUCCGAUGAAUCUGCUUGCAUUCGCUGUUAUGUUUCCCGCUAGUUACAUUCUCAGUCCACGCUGGUUCCACAAGGUCAAUGUCUUCAUGAUAAGGGUUUGCGCCGCCCCUGUAUUAAUUGGUGUGGCGUUCUACGAGCGACACACUAUCCAUUUACCCGGAAUCACCAUCUACGAACGGGUUUCUCAUGUUGCAGAAAGAGUUUUUGAUAGUCUUCCGAGAAGGCUUAAACGAAUGACCUUCUUCGAAGGACUCGCUGGAAACGGUGCUGACAUUGAUACGGUGUUCAUGAUCGAAGAAGAAAUUAAUCAUGACUCCCUGGAUGCGAUCGACAUUGACGAGGAUGAAGCCACACAACCUCAGCAACGGCCGUCAAUAACCUCCGAUUCUCUCACAACCCCUUCCCGACAGAGGCGAAAGUCAAAUACCAGUCACGUGGGACCAGCUUCCUCUGGUCAAGCAAUUACCUUCCGAAGCAAUGCGUCGGAUGCUUCUGUGGAUCAGUCUCGCCAUGCAAAGCGGCGUUCUGGUAUCUUUGGGACAAUAGAUGCUACAACCCCGGGCCCACAGCCAAGCCCAUUGGCCCAACUUUACCAGCCUAUCGUCCCAACUGAAGAAGACACAACGGAUGAAGGAAUGUCGUUGCCUCCGGGAGCGGGCUUACCUCCCAGAAGGCGAUUGGCGUCUAUGACGAGGCCGAGGCGGCCUUCUAUCGAGCCUUUCCAGCACGCUCCGAGCAUCUCACCCCCAGUACAUAGUCACCCUGCUCGGCCGUUUGGCCCCCCGCCAGCUGAGCAUAUGCUGUUGCCUAUCCCGCCAUCAACCUUGCCGGAGCAGGCGGAAGAAGAAUUGCGCAGUCCGUCUGUUGUGAGAUCACCUGGAGAACUGUCGGAGAUAAACAGAAGGAUUAUUGAGAUGGAAAGGAGGCAAGAACGCAUUGAGAAUCUUCUCAUUUCUCUCGUCUCAGAAGUUAAAAGGAAGUAA